AUGGAUCUUACCUAUGCCCCCAAGGGCAGCAUUGACAUGGCCAUGGGCUUCUCAGUUGGCCGCAUCAGUGUGCCCUCAGACUGUGAGCCUAACUUGUCUUGCUAUGCAACUCAGAGGCAGCCAGGAUGCCUAGCUUUUUUGAAUUUAUCUGUUGAGAGGGCCAGGCCUCUUCUGGAAAAUGCAUCAGAGAGCACGCUGGUUACCACAAUCACUGCAGCUGUUUCUCAUCAUGACUCUCUAGUUGGAGAUCCUGUUAUUAUUAAUUCGAACCCUGUCGUCCAUCCAUUUGUGGUAUCUCAUAAAGCUGCACAUCAGUGGGAACUGAUAAUGACCAACAAACCCAAGCUGGACUUUGAAACAGUGGCUUUCUACACUCUGGUGAUCUAUGCCCAGGACAGUGGAGGCAGCUCUGCGUCUCAGACCAUUUUAAUCCAGAUUGUAGAUGUCAACGAACCACCAACCUUCAUUGGAUCGCUCGCUCGAGUUGACCAAGUUACAGAGAUUUAUAUUCCAGAGGACGCUGCUGUAGGCACGAUCCUUUACAGAGUGAGAGCCAAGGACCCGGAGAAUGCCGCCUUAAAGUAUUUCAUUUUCCCGGAGGAUGCAGGAUUUGCCAUCGACAGUAUUGGAACCAUAUCUACAACAAUGACUUUUGAUUUCAACCGAGGACCCAAAAGCUUUCCACUGGUUAUUAAAGUGGCUGACCCAGGAGGACUUUCUGUCUUGGGAAACGUAAAGAUCUCCCUCAUCAAUAUAAACAGUAAGGCCCCUAUUCUUACCUGCAGUUUAUUUGACAUCAAAGAAGCAGUUCUGACUCCUACCCUGGUGAACUCAACCACCCCUACAGAAGGCAAUAUCACACUCAAUGAAGAAACUCCAGUGGGGAAAACUGUGGGUACCUGCAGAGCUACUGAUGAAGACCAGAUGGGGCGUCUCACCUUUGAACUGGACCCAGGGAACAGAUACUUUGCUAUUGACAAAGAGGGCGGAACUGUGAUGAUCGCUAACCGUCUGGAUCUGGAGGAGGCUGACUUUGUGAGUGUUCAGUCCUUUACCAUUAAAGCAUGUGAUGAAGACCAGCAGUGUGCAGCUAUUCCUGUGCUAGUGUACAUUCAUGGAAUCAAUGAUAACCCACCAUUCUGUGAUAAGUAUUUGUACAGGUAUAGAGGCAUUGAGGUGAUUGCAAAUAAAACAGUUAUUGCUAAACUGGUGUGUCAUGACCUUGACAAGUCCCCUGAUGUGCUUCAGUAUGUUCCUAAUAGUGGACCACUUGGUGAGGGAGAGUUAUUUGAACAAGUACCAGACUUUGACAAUGUCAUAUGGGUGACCAAAGACUUGGAUUAUGAAAUGCCAGAGGCUUCUGCGGUGGGUCAUACCUAUGAGAUGAUGGUUUCUGUCUUUGAUGACCCCAGGCCUUCCCAUACAGUGACUGUUACGAUCAUUGUGGAAGUUGUUCCUGCCAAUGAAUUUAGUCCAGUUUUUAGGCCUGCAAGUUACUCAUUCUCUGUUCCAGAAACAUCAGGAGCCUUCUAUGAAGUUGGAAGAGUGACUGCUUUUGAUGAGGACAAUCCACUGAACUGUUUGAGAUACAAAAUAAUCAGAGGUGACACUCAGAUUAUUCGACGAUUCUGGAUUCAUCCACUAACUGGAAUGAUAGAAUUGACCACCCGGCCAGACUAUGAAUCUGUGAAGCAAUAUAACCUCACCGUAGAAGCUGUGGAUUGUGACCAAGCUCAACCACGAACAGCUGUUACCACGGUUACAAUUGACAUAAAGGAUGAGAAUGAUGAAGCGCCUGUCUGCAAACCAUCUAAAUAUAAGGCAGUCAUUUUUGACAGUGUUGCUGCUGGAACAAACGUUAACGGCUUCAAGCUGAGCUGCCAUGACAGAGACUCACGAGAUACUGAAAUGCGCUUCGAGAUAGUUUCUGGAAAUGAUAAACAACAUUUUGGAUUUGAUCCUACUCGAGGCUCAAAUACCCCAAAGCUAAUUGUGAAAAAUCCUUUUAACUUCAAGUCUAGGGAAGAUUUUCGCCAGGACUAUCAUCUUGUGGUACACAUUAUUGAUGACAAUUUACAGCAUGGCCAAGUCGUGUAUCCCCGAACAGGGACUGUCAUGAUAGAUAUUUCUGUGACACGGCAAAAUACACCAGCUCCUCCAGUCACCAAUUUUGAACAAAAGAAAGGUGUGACUGUUGUAUACACAUCUAUAAACACAUACAAUGCCAAUGACUGGUACAUCCCCUUCAUCUUUACACUGAUGGCGGUUUUCCUGGUUGGGCUGCUUGCCUGGACGUGCUACCUUCUUGUGAAAUACACCAGCAUUACAGCCAGGUGCCAAAAGCUGACCAAGGAGCUCUCUAAGCCAAAAAGCAAAGUAAAGAAGUACAUAGCUGGAAACAAAAAUACCAAUGAGGGCAUGGUAACAGGAAGCAGACAUAAACAAGUCGAAGUGGUAACUGAAACAACUGUGUACAAGACAGUAUUUGAUGAAGAAGCAGUUGAUCCAGUCACAGGGAAUGUAUAUGAAUAUAACAGCAAGUCUGGAGCUAGGAAAUGGAAGAAGAUGCCCAGACCACCAAAGGAUCUGGUGGCCAACAUACAGACUAUCUCAGAGAAACUCUCUACUGAUGAGCCUACUCAAGGAUGA